GUCGUAAAGCGGCAGGUGUGUGACGACGAGGCGAAAACAUUGAACACGUAAACUUUCUUCCGUGUGUUCCAGAUUCGUGUUUGUGUGUUUAAGAUUUACGUGUAUAGUUGUUUACAUACGGCUUCCUGAGAUGGGGAAACGACUACAGACGGUUGCAGCGCUUGGCUGCAUGAAAACAUUGCUGAUGAUAUUCAAUUUCCUCUUUUUUGUAAUCGGCUUGGCCAUACUGGUACUGGGAGUCUACUCAAAAGUGCAACUGUACGUCUACAUGGAAUUGAUGGCCAACUACUACACGCACACACCGUACAUCAUGAUUGCGAUCGGAGCCUUCAUCGUGCUGCUAGGCGUGGGAGGAUGCUUCUGCACGAUCAAAGGAAACUCCUACCUCCUCUACGCCUAUUCUGUCAUCCUUUUCAUCAUCUUCAUUGCUGAGCUGUCAGCUGGCAUUUCGGCUUACAUCUUUAAGGGAAAGAUUUACACGGCUUUCGAGGAUGGAUUGAACAUCGCUAGCAACAACUACGGUCAGGACCCUGCCGCAAGCACCGACGAAGCCAUGGACCACAUGCAGAAAACUCUGCACUGCUGUGGAAUUAAGAAGUACAGUGAUUGGCUCAACACUACAUAUGGAAGUCCUGGACAGGUGCCGGAAAGUUGCUGCAUUGACCAAGCCAACACUACCUGCAUCCGCACUGGUUUUGUUGGCACAAGCGCCGAUAUUACUACGACUAUCUACGUGAAGGGCUGUCAUAAGGAGGUGGUGAGCUUCGUGGAUGAGAACAUAGGUAUCAUUGCUGGUGCUGCGACAGGGUUCGCAUUCCUGCAGCUUCUGGGAUGCGUGCUGGCGCUGGCUGUUGCCAAAGUGAUCGCAAACAAAGUCCGCUAUGAAUCCAUGGAGGAAUGAGUUGUUGAGCGAUACUCGGUGUGCUGCUUGCCUGCUGCCUGGCAAAGAAUAUCAACAAAAAUAAGUACGAACAAGUUGCCUAGACUGCAUGUCAUGAGCAGGUACUUCCAGUGAAAACUGCAUCCAGACAAGAAUGUUGAACCUUCGUUAUUCCGUACUGAGCACACGAACAGUGCACUGUGAAAAUUUUCUUCUUUUCUUAUUGUGCAGGGUCCCUCUGGGAUUUAUUGGAAUUUUUAUGUAUAGCAUGGUUAUAGUAUCUAAAAUUUUAUUUAUUAAAGUUAUACUUGCUCCGAUGUCUCGUAAUGCUAUCUGAGUAAUUGCGAAAUCUCUAAUAUCAAAAUCAUGUGUGCGAUGUUUUAUUUGUGGGCUUUACAAUUUUAGUAAGUGAUCAUUAAAAAAGGGUACUUGUAGCUUAAUGUAAGCUUUAUUGUGGAAACAAGGCAGGAUACAUGUUGGUGUGCUGCGAAAAUAACAAGACGUUUUAGUUGUCAUAUCCUACUCUACAGUUUUUCUGGCAGUGGUGUGUGUUCCCCAACCUUAUACCAGUUUCCUAUUACAAGCUGCAGUGAAUGCAUAGAUGCUCUGUGCAAGAUUCUGUCACUGAAUAGGCAUUGAAGGCAUGGGUGUGUCAGUGUGUGAUACUUGUCCCAGCGAAUCUGUCACCAUCAACAAGCAUUGUUUGACGUCAAAAUGUAGGUUGCCAUAAUUGCAUUAUUUACACGUGGUCAGAUUAGUAAAAUGAAUGGUUAAUAUCAUGAACAUAUCUAAUACAAUAUUACGAUACAAUCUUGUAUAGAUAUUUUCAGGGUAAUAUGUAUCGCGUCGUGUUGUGUCUGUGCAUUAUAAUUUCUCGCCAUUUGAACCACCGAGUUUUUGAUUAUCCUAUCUUACAUUUUUGCGGCAAAUAUCUGUGAUCACUGAUGCUGACCACUAUUGGGUUUUACUUACGAUUUUGUUCUACUCAACUUGAUCACAAGCAUACAAACUGCACUUUUCUAUAACCCGUCUCACCUCAAAUGUUUGCAGGUAGGGAUAAGCAUUUAAUUGCAUUUCUGCAAAAUUACAAUAAUCAUCGACCCCCCACCGACUCUGCUAUACCAGGUAGAUUGUUUGUACGCUUGUGAUGUAGUUGGUAUUUGUGAACGGCCUCUUAUUAGGAUGAGAUUAGGAUAAUAUUCAAAUAUAUCUUUAUUAAGAAUUAAAGCAUUUUAUCUCGAAUAUGGAUAUGUUGUGAUUUCGGGUUCGCUUCGUUAAACAGCUUUGGUUUUAUACCGGCUCCUUGUUGAAAAUCAUGUUUAGGAUAGAGGAGCCAUGACGGUACUAAAAACAUCACCCAGGAAAUACUGAGCGUAACGUGAUUGAUAACGAAAUAGCACAAUUCUAUUGUGCGUGGAUCUAUGUACAUGCCGUGUUGAAUUUGGCUUUUUAAGUGAAUGUGAAAUUGAAGCCAUUUUUGGCAAUUAAAAUUUAGUUGCGUUUAUUCACGACAAUGAGCCGGAACUGCGUUGGUUGAUGUGUUUGUUUUAACAAUAUUCCUAUAUUUGAAUGUACUGUAAUUGUGCCUUUAUUGUCUAAUGGUUGUGUAUUUAGUGUGUACAUGCAUUCUUCUAACACAUCUUUCAUUGGUGCAUAUUUUCAGAUUCCAAUCUACAUUAAUUUGAUGGGGCAUUAGGAUUUAUUACAUUAAAAAGGGAAUUAGAAAUAAGGACAUCUGAAUUCGAUAUACCUAGAGAUACCGUGUUUGAUUACUGGUAAAUAUUUCUUCACACUUCUGCUUAUAUUUGAAACUUGGUGCUAUAGAGUAUAGUCACGAAUGUAUAGUAGAAAUGGAAUGUUCUAAUACAUACAUUCGUGAUAUAGCGUACGUGGUCAUUGCCUUAAAACACAGUCUAUUAACCAUAAUUCAUACAGAAUAUGUCAGUAUGGCCAACUGGCAGGGCGGUAUUUUUUUUAAAUAGCCACUGAAAAAAUGCUAUUCGUUUCUAGCGUCUAUGAUAAAUUGUAACGUAUAUAGGGAUGGAAAUCGGUGCAAUAUUCCUGCGAGUCAUAUUGUGAAUCUUGAUUAUUGAUGUAUGAAGCUAUUCUUAUGAGAGCAGGUGCCUUCAAACAUAUACCAUCUUAUCUAUUUUGAGCAUUUGGGCUAUUAGUAGUACAAGAAGUGUGUGUGUGUGUGUGUGUGUGUGUGUGCGUGCGUGCGUGCGUGCGUGCGUGCGUGGGGUGCAAUAGAUUUUAGGCAAAUGCAGCAGAUGCGUGGAGGAUAAGUGACUGAGUAAGAUUAUGACAUGGGCAAAUAGGUGAAGUAAAGAACAAGGGUGUGGUUGGAGCGUUGGACUGACGUAAAGUGCAAGGGUAUGAAAGGUAUGCAGGGGCGAGGUAAGAUGCAGAGGUAUGUCAAGUAUGUAAGAUUGAGGUAAGGCUCAGGGGUGGAAGGAGUAUUUAGGGUUGAGUAACAUACGAGGUUAUGGCAUGUACACACGGUUGAUGUGUGACGAAUGAGUAUUGCAUGUGUGCGAAGGUAAGGCAUGACACAGGGCUAUGACGAGUAUAUGGGUGUAGGGUGAGGAACAGUGGUAUGACAGUUAUGAAAGGCUGAAGUAAGCCAUAGUGGUAUUCCAGCUAUGAUGCAGGGUUGAUGUAUCGCAUAUGGGUAUGACAGGUAUUGGGAAUGGUGUAUGCGCUAGGUUUAAUGUAAGGAGACAUGAUGAAGGCACCAUCCCUACCUUUCUACUUCUAAAUGUGGCUAACUAUCCUAAUAAUAUGUCUACAUGUUUCACUUUUUGUGUUGUCAUCUGCUAUGUAUUUUUCGAUGGAAAUCCUGCAUGAUUGGUUAUGACGCAAUCGUACCUACCAUUACUCGAUGUAUGGUAACAAGCUUGUCAUAUAAUGUUAUCAAAUUAAUGUCUAGACUUUUCUUCCAUGCUACCAUUUAAUAUAGCUAUUAAACAUGUAUCUAGCUUAUCUGUAAGGUAUCCGUUUAAUUGUGAUGGAGAAGGUAAAGAGCAUACUUGCAUUAUUGCGCUCUUGGUGAGAUAGUUGCUUUGCAGCGGUAUGUAUUGUUGAAAGCUUGAAUAUAUAUACAGUAUCUAUAUUAUACAUGAGGGUUUAAUGCCUCUAAUCUAUAAA